UACCCCAGUCGGAAAGAGAUUCCAAGAGAUUCGCACGGUACAUGAUUCAGGGAAAUACGCGUGUUUCGUUAGGACGUCAAAAUACCAUGGCUAGGCCGUGCUAUAAGUUGAGGACCUCACUUUUCGGACACACGUCUGACGUGAGGGCCGUGGCUAGGUUUGCGGAUGGAACCGUUGUCUCGACUUCCCGGGACAAAACGGCCUGUGUAUGGAAACCAUCCGGAAAUGGCAGAGACUAUGUGCAUGCUGCUACGCUCAAGGGACACACGAAUUUUGUUAGUUCUGUGUGCGUUAUAAAUCCCUCCGAAAGGAAUCCCACAGGCUUCAUUGUAACAGGCAGCAAUGACAAAGUCAUACGUGUCUACAUGCAGGAUGAAGUGGAACCAUUGCACGUUAUAAAAGCUCAUCAAGACACUGUAUGCAAGUUAAAGGCAGGCAAAAGGGAAGGAACAUUCCUCUCGAGUUCGUGGGACUUUAGCGCCAAAUUGUGGGACACCAAUGAUUUGAGUAAACCACAGUUGAGUAUGGUAGGUCACACCGCAGCUGUGUGGUGCGUAGCGGAUUUAUUAGACCGGUCCAUUGUAACUGGAUCCGCGGAUAAGUUGGUUAUAGUGUGGACGAGCGACGGUUCCAUACGCCACAAAUUAACUGGACAUACUGAUUGUGUUCGUGACAUAUCCGCGGUAAACGAGAAUGAAUUUUUAACGUGCGCCAAUGACGCCACUGUCCGUCACUGGAACGCGUCCCUCGGCAGUUGUUUAGGAACGUAUUGCGGACACGAGAAUUACAUAUACAGCAUUUUAUCGAGGGACAAUGGUACGAACGUAUUCACGUCGGGUGAAGAUAGAACAAUCAGGGUAUGGCAUAACAGUGAGAUAAGUCAGACUAUUACGUUGCCAACUCAGUCAGUAUGGUGUAUCGAUUUGUUCCCGAACGGUGACAUAGUUGCUGGAAGUUCUGACGGUGUUGUCAGGAUAUUCUCCUGUGAUCCAGAACGAUACGCGGAUCCGGAAACAUUACAGGAAUUCGAACAGGAAGUAGCCAAUAUGAAGCUGAACGCUCAGCAAGAGUUGGGAGGGAUCAAGAUUAAAGAUUUACCAGACGCGAAGGCGUUGCAGCAACCUGGUCAGAAAGACGGUCAAACGAAAAUUGUGAACGAUGACGGUACAGUUCGAGCGUACAGUUGGUCGCAAAGCGAGCAAAGGUGGAUCAGGAUUGGCGACGUUAUGGGCGCAACUGGUGGUAGCGCGGCCACGUCUGGGAAACAGCUUUACAACGGAAUAGAAUACGAUUAUGUAUUCUCGGUUGACAUACAGGACGGUGUCCCGCCGUUGAAAUUGCCGUAUAAUAACGGCCAAGAUCCAUGGCGCGUUGCACAGAAAUUUCUACAUGAUAAUGAUCUUAGUCAAAUGUUCUUAGAUCAGAUAGCGAAUUUUAUAAUGAAAAAUUCCCAAAACGCGCCAGUCGUGAGCAGCGGUGCUCAGUACGCUGAUCCUUUUACGGGAGGAACCAGAUACAUUCCUCGAUCGGCGACAAAUACUACGGAACAGGAACCUCCGAGAACAGGAAUACUUGAUUCCUCGGAUACCUCUUUAGCUCCUUCUUAUAUUCCUCAUACAAAGUAUUUGAAGAUAGAGCAGGCUAAUCUGUCUGCUAUCUUAGAUAAAUUACGCGAAUUGAACUCGAAGCAAGCUGAAGUUUUUAAGAUAUCGGACGAUAAACUGGACGGUUUAAUGAAGCUCACCGGGGACCACGUUCCCGAACUGAGAACAGAUGCUUUGAAUACUCUGAGAACACUUUUGAAUUGGCCAGACGAUGUGUUGUUCCCUGUGCUGGAUAUAACAAGACUCGUUGUGCUUUCUAAAGACGUUAAUGACGUUCUGUGCACGGACGAGCUGUUGCAGAUUAUAAAAAAGCACAUAAAACCGGGAGCGUCUGCGUCCAAUCAAAUGCUCACGUUUCGUUUGCUCGCAAAUAUGUUCUCUCACGAGAAAGGGGAGAAACUUUGUCUCAGUUCGAAAGAUGAAAUAUUAGAACUUUUGUCGAACUUGGGAUCCCUUGGAAGUAAAAACAAUCAGGUGGCCAUGUCAACGUAUGUAUUGAAUUUAACUGUGGCCUUAAAUAAGUACAAUGACGUAUUUGGUAGGGCGCAAUGCUUGAACACGAUGUUCAAGAUUUUACCACGGUUAGGCGAACCUGAAGCGGUUUUCAGGACUCUGGUGGGACUUGGUACGCUUUUGUGUACAUCAGAGUCCAAAGACCGUGACGAUUUGAUAAAAGCGGUACAACAAUCCGAAGUCGCGUUAAAUAUAUUGCAAACUACAAUGUCCGAGGCGAACAUCUCGUCGAACAAGCUGGCUAAUUGUUCGAAGCAAAUUAUUAAUUUAAUCAUUUAAAUGUAAGUUAUUAUAGGAAAUUUAUAAAAAAGAAAAGAACAGAAAAAAAACAAAAAUGCAACUACGAACACAAGACUUGAGUAACUAACAUUAUAUUUAACAAACAUACUUGUCUCGUUAAAUAGGUUUCUUAUAUUUUUUGCAGUUCGACGAUUAAAAUAUUAUAAUUUCUCAUUACUAAUAAAAGUACAUUUUGCCAUAACCGAGACAAUCUUCAUUCAUACAAAGACCAAUAGUAAACGCGCCUGAAAGUACGCUUCUUUUUUUUUUUUUCAUAUAUAAAGAAUAGUCGCUUAUACUCGGUUCAGGUAAGAUAAGUUGUAUUUCUAAUGUAAAUUAAUUAAAAUAUAUGUA